UUGGGGGGAACCUUGUGGAAAAGAGCUUACUCACAAUGUUGGGCUUGGAUGUUUGUGAAUUUGGUGGACAGUUUCUUGAACUGCUCUGGUUAACAGUUUGCUACAGAGGCAUAAUGGCUGAUAAAGAGAAAGACGUGCCAGUGGUUGAGGACGAAGAUGAACCAGAUCUGAACUACCAGCCUCCGGCUCAAAAAAGCCUGCAGGAGAUCCAGGAACUGGACAAGGAUGAUGAAAGCCUGAACAAGUACAAGCAAACCCUCCUGGGCUCUGGACCUGUGGUGGCAGAUCCCACCAUCCCUAAUGUUCAGGUGACCCGGCUGACUCUGAUGUGUGACCAGGCCCCUGGACCAAUCACCAUGGAUCUGACAGGUGACCUUGAUGCUUUGAAGAAGAAGAGCUUCACCAUGAAGGAGGGAGUGGACUACAGGGUGAAAAUUCACUUUAAGGUCAAUAGGGACAUUGUGUCUGGACUGAAAUAUGUGCAUCUGACCUACAGGAAAGGACUCAGACUGGAUAAGGCAGUGUACAUGGUGGGGAGCUACGGUCCGAGAGCCGAGGAGCAUGAGUUUAUGACCCCGGUGGAGGAGGCUCCGAAGGGCAUGAUCGUUCGCGGAAGCUACCACAUCAAAUCCUACUUCACAGAUGACGACAAGACAGACCAUCUGUCGUGGGAGUGGAACCUGCAGAUCAAAAAAGACUGGGACAGUGCAGAGUAAAGAGGUUAUCCCUCUGCCUCUCUCUCUCCCAGAUGCAUAGCAAAAUACCCAGUUUAUGACUAAUGUUUAAAACAGAGGACUAGAUUAGGUAGACAUGCAGCUGGAGUUGACUUUGCAAAUGGUUAAAUAACAAUUAGUCAUAUCACAAAAACCUUAAAAUAAUGAACACAUUUUUACAUAUUCAGUGUAAUCAACGGUGAGGACAAACAGUGACUGGCAGGGUAUUAGAGGUGACUUAGUACUUUGUAAUAGAUAUAACAACGGUAUAAUCAACAAAUGAAAUACGUCAUGCCUGUACUCUCAGGUUAGUGUAAACUGUAAAUGUAAAUAUUACGAUGUCUGUAUUCUUGAAAUGCAUUUAGAGUUCUUUACAGAGCCCAUGAGCAGAUCAGUGCAUGCUUGGAUGUGAAGCCAUUGUGUUUGCUAUGGCUAAUGUCUUGUAUUGAUGAUGUAAUCAGCCUGCUGUUAACUGAUAAAUACGUGUGUAGGAAGUGGUUUGUACUUAGUGUUGCUUGUCCAAAAGGUAUUUCUGAACAUUAAACCCUUCCAAAAAAGACCAACUUAGACUAGUAUGAAGUCGUUCGCCAGCAAAGCUGGUCUAACAGCAUUUCUGGUGAAGCUUAGUCACUUGUCUUACUAGUUAGUCUAGUUAAGAAGGCCGAUUGGCACCGCAGGCUAAACAUUUGCUGGUCUUUUUAGUUGGGAGCCCACCAUCACUGGAGCCCAUAGUCAAGCACCCUCCUCAUUCCCUGAAAUGGUUCAAAAUCUCUUCAUCUCUGUCCAGGUGUCUGUAACUGUCCUACAUCUAGCUUUUUCAUAUUAGAUUGUCUAUGACUUUUUUUUUUUUUUUUUUGACAUUCCAAAAUAAAUACAUUUUGUUGUUUAUAAUGCCUGCUGAUACUGUUACCUUACACUUCCAUCUCCAUCUCUGGUGUUAUUAUCUGAUGUGCAUAUCUUGUUUUUUUCUUAAAUAAUUAUCUACUGCGUUAUAUCAUUCUGAUAUAUCACAGAAUUUUCAGAAAAACUCUUGGAAAUGAUUACAAUAAGACUUCUUCAAGAAAGGUAACAAAUGCCACAGGAAAUGUAUAACUUGCAUGUGCAUUUUUGUAAUGCCUUUAUGAGGGAGACAAAUGCUAAAUCAUCAUUAAGAGCUAGUUAGCAAUAGGAAGAAAUAAAUAAGAGAGCGCACAAAAGAUUAGUGGGGGUUUUUUUGUGUGUGAAUUGUCAUUUUUGAUAACCGUGUGACUCUACAGUCUAAAUUUGACUAUAAGAUGGAUUUGAUCAAAUGGAAAUCCUCAACAUUUUUCAAAAUAUACGCACAUGAUGUAUAUUUUCUCAAAUUCAUAUUGUGAGUGUUAAUGCAGUUGUCCUCACAAUUGGAUGUUAUCAUAUUAGUCUACUUAGUCUGUAUUGCAUGAUGCUUCAUUUUUAUAUGUUAGAGGGUUCAUCAUUGUGAUGUAAAGUCGGCAGUAGUAAGAUGUAAUGUAAGAUUUAGUCAGGGCAUUUUUUCAGCUGACUGAUUCAUUUGCUAAAAAUAGAUUCUAUUGCUUCUGAAUUGUCAUACAUUUUUAAUAAAGUUUGGCUUGUCCUUA